GGCCUGGCCUGAGCAGGAUGCCCCUGCCCUCUUCAUGCCAAGAAGGUAUCCCAGAAGGAGAGACUGCCUGCAGGAGGGGGGAGAGGUGUGGCCUGGGGGGAAGCCUCCCUCUGUCCCUCCCUCCCCCCAGGUUGUCCCUGGUGACAGGCAGGAAACCUGCCUUAAAUUCUGGGCACUCCAUUGGUUCCUGGAGUGGGAGCUAGAGCCAUGAACAAGAUCUUCCCUCAGGGAGACGUGGAGGACAGUCCUGUUGCUGCUGCUGCUGGAAGGAAAGCCGGCCCUGAAGGGAAAGGCUGCAGCCUCCUCUGCUGCUCUCGCCGCGGGGCCUGCCUCUCGGCCUUCCUGCUGCUCCUACUGGCAACACUUGGAGCCCUUCUCACCUUGGUCGCCAUCCUUGGACUCCCAUCUCACACACCAGGGGCUCAGGCCUGUGUGACACCAGCCAACAGGACAGGCUUCUUGUGCCAUGACAGGAGGAGCUGCAUCCCUGCCCACAGGGUGUGUGAUAGCAUCCGCACCUGCCCGCAUGGCGAGGAUGAGGAUGAGAGCUUGUGCCGAAAUGUGCCCCAGAGCCUCCCCAGCUUCCUCGUGGCCUCCUGCGGAGACCCAGCCUCCUGGAUCUACUCAGACCAGAAGUGUGACGGAACCAACAACUGUGGGGACUGUUCAGAUGAGCUGAGCCCAGUGACCUCAUGCCCACUCUGUGGCCCUGGGUGGUGGCGUUGCUCUUCAACACUCUUCAAAUACUGCAGCUGCAUCCCAAAGAUCCUGUGCCGGGACCAGGUGCAACACUGCUCAGACUGGUCCGAUGAGUUCUCCUGUCCUGGACCUGAGUAGGGUGCCCAGGCAGGUGGGACAAGCUGGUUGGAAUGGUACUGAUAACCCUUCUCAUAAACAUCAAGUCCUAGACCACGAGGGCAAGAAAGAACCUUUCACAUCACCUCCCAUCCCCUGAUCUUCUGAUUAGGAGUUUCUGCCCCUACUUCCAAGUUGUUCAGCCUCUGUUUGAAUGCCUCCAGUGCCAGGGAGCUCACUACCAUGCUGAGCAGCUUCUAACAAGGAUGUGGAGAAGCUACUCCGUGAUUAUGAAUCUA